UCCCUCUGUAGUGUCGUAUGAGAGGGAGGGUGUGAGGCGCAAGCAGAUAAAUUGCAGGCGUCUACGUCGCUUCAGCCUCAUUCACCAGGUCUGACCAUGGAGUUCAAAGGAGGGUGGUGCGUGCUGCUGGGAGCACUGCUGCUCGUGAGCGCGUCGUGUCAGCAGACUCCACCGAAGAAGAAGCCACUGAAAAAAGACGCGACCCGGGACACUGCCAUCGAGGAGCUGCAGAAACAGAUCAACGACAUUGUUGACGAGCUCAACCUUCUGAAGGAGCAGCAGGCCCUGCAGACAGUUUGUUUGAAAGGCGUAAAGAUCCACAGCAAGUGUUAUUUAGUCGACCCUUUGAAGAAGCGCUAUCACACUGCCAGUGAAGACUGUAACGCCCUGGGCGGCGUCCUCGGCACGCCCUCGUCCAGCGAUGAGAACGACCAGCUCAGAGACUACAUCCGCCAGAGCAUCGGCCCAGACGAGCAGGUCUGGCUGGGUGUCAACGACAUGACGACUGAGGGAAACUGGAUGGACCUGAGCGGCACCAGCAUCACAUACAAAAACUGGGACACCACCAAUCACCGGUCCCCCCAACCGGAUGGCGGCCAGUCCCAAAACUGUGCCGUCCUGUCUGGGGCCGCGGGUGGGAAGUGGUUUGACGAGAACUGUCGUGAGGAGAAGGCCACCGUCUGCCAGUUCAACAUUGUUUGAUCCCAUUUAUCUCAUGAUAGACUGUGCAUGGUCAUAGCUGCUUUGUCUGUAUGCUUGCUGCAGUGCCUGCUACUUUCAAAAGGAGCUUUUCAGCCCGUGGUUCUCAACCGGUUCUGCAUCUGGACCCAAUUCAGAUCAAAAAGUCAGAGUCAGUUGCAAUGAAGGUAUUACAUUUACAGAAAUGAUGUGGCGAUAUGUAAUUUGCAGAAUUCCUUGUGGUCGCAGUAGAGAACAUAUUCUCUAAGGCAGGGUUUCUCAAUCCUGGUCCUGGGGAGCCACUGCUGCCCUGCAUGUUUUAGACACCUGAUGGGUCCUUAUCAGGCUUCUGCUGUGCUUACUGAUGAGCUGACUGUUUGAAUCAAGUAGAGAAACAUCUAAAUUAUGCAGGACAGUGAGUCCCCAGGACCAGGACUGAGAACCUGUCUGAGGUCAUUUCAAAGAUUUUUUCCAACAAUAGAAGUUAUUAGAUAUUCAAACUUCAUGGCACCAAUGUCUCUUACGAUAAACUAGAUCUCCACACCUUGAAAGCUCCAUGACGCUGGUUGAGAACCACUGGUUGAAGCUCAGGCAUCCCUUACAAACAAAUAACUACUGUAGAGUAUUUUACAAUCAAGUCAAAGCGAUAACAUUUUGCAAUUGAAUAAAAUCCAACCUCUAUCUUCAAUGAGAAUUCUUUAAAGAGAUGAUUUCAGUUUGCUAGUUUUGUAGUCUCCUAUAAAGGUCUAACCUGAUGUAACUGAAAGAGGGCAUCAAUAAAAUACAAAAAAAAUA